AUGUCGUUGACACUCAAGCUUUCUUCCCUUGCCAUUCGCACUCUUUCCAAGCCCAUUGCCAACCAAAUCAAGGCUCAGGCUCGCGAACAUGAGCGAUUCCGCAACAUUUGUGUCUCGAUGGCACAGGCCCUCCACCGAUUCGAUAUGCGCCUCCGAUUAGGAUCCAUUCGCAAUGAUACCGCAAUCCGCAAACAAGCCGAGGCCGCGGCCGAAGCUAAGAAACACGUCCCCACAUCGCCAACGGUCAAAACCGAGGCCGCAACAAAGGCGGAGGAGGAAGCUCUCUCGAAAGCCAAAGCUGCAGCUGAAGAAGCGGCAAAGCCCCAUCAUUACAGAAUUCGACCAUUGUCCGAGUCGAAAGCUAUCGAGUCCGGCGCCAACUUCAUCAGUGAAUCCUUCCUUUUCCUCGUUGCAGGCGGUUUGAUCGUAUUUGAGUCGUGGCGGUCUCGUCGCAAGGAGAGCACUCGCAGAGAGGGUGUCGAGGACCGACUAGCCGAACUCGAACAAUCCGAGCAAACUGCCCGGGAAUCUCUGGUAGCCUUGGAGAAGGAACUGCUGGCUCUCAAAGCCAAGCAUGGAGAGCUACCCAAGCCAACACACCGCAUCCUGCCUCGCCAAGUUUGGGAGGUUCUUCCUGAGGUCGAGGAGCCCGAAGCCCCAGAGACAUGGUGGACACGCAUCACCUCAUAUAUACCUUUCGGCCAAAGCUCUACCCCGGCUGCUCCGGCAGAGCCAACGCCAACAAAGGACAUUACACCUGCCACCGAGAAACCAGCCACGCCAGUGCAAACAAGUGCAUUAAAUGGAAAAUCCUAG